GAUGAUCUGUUCGACAUCACAUGCGACAGAGUCAAUGAUAAGAAUGAAGCAAGAUUUUUCUGUGACAUCACGCCAUUGAUUGUCCCUUCCGCAGAAAGUUUAUGUAUACAUGGUUCUAAGCCUUUGGAAAUAUUGCGGGAAAGCGUCAACGAAAACUGGAGCAGCUCGAUUCCGUUAUCUCCUACUCGGCCCCAGCCCGGGUUAUUCUGUUGGUUUCGGUCGAACAGUUAA